AUGUCCUUUCCCAACAGCUCUCCCGCCGCCAAUACUUUUUUAGUCGAUUCCUUGAUCAGUGCCUGCAGGAGCGAUAGUUUUUAUUCCAACACCGCCAGCAUGUACAUGCCACCUAGCGCAGAUAUUGGGACUUAUGGGAUGCAAACCUGUGGACUUCUACCGUCUCUGGCAAAAAGAGAAGUUAACCAUCAAAAUAUGGGUAUGAACGUACAUCCUUAUAUACCUCAAGUAGACAAUUGGACAGAUCCGAACAGGUCCUGCCGAAUAGAGCAACCUGUUACUCAGCAGGUCCCCGCCUGCUCCUUUGCUACCAAUAUCAAGGAAGAAACCAACUGCUGCAUGUAUUCUGAUAAGAGAUCAAAGCUGGCCUCUUCUUCCGACCUUCCUUCCUACCAGAGGCUGGUCUCUGAUUCGUGCUCAAUUGAAAACCCCGAGGUUCCCGUCCCAGGAUAUUUCAGACUGAGCCAGACCUACGCCGCUGGGAAAGCCCCAGAGUACAGCAAUAGCCCUGAAACGAGUUCAACUGUCAUGUUACAGUUAAACCCUCGCGGCGCUUCCAAACCGCAAAUGACUUCGCAACUUCCGAUGGAGAAGAAAAUGAAUGAAAACCCCAAUGGCAGCGCUAGCAGCAAUAACAGCAGCCACCAUCCAGACAACUCCGCCAAAGUCGCUCAAGUGGAAAGUCCCGAGGCUAAGUCUACGCUGUCAGACGACAGGAGCUGCUUGGCUGAAGUGUCGGUGUCCAGCCCAGAAACCCAAGAGAAAGAAAGUAAAGAGGAAAUCAAGUCUGAUACUCCAACCAGCAAUUGGUUAACUGCAAAGAGUGGCAGAAAGAAGAGGUGUCCUUAUACUAAACAUCAAACACUGGAAUUAGAGAAAGAGUUCUUAUUCAAUAUGUAUCUCACUCGAGAGCGCCGCCUAGAGAUCAGUAAGAGCGUAAACCUCACUGACAGGCAGGUCAAGAUAUGGUUUCAGAACCGCAGAAUGAAGCUCAAGAAGAUGAGCAGGGAGAACCGAAUCCGAGAACUCACAGCCAAUCUGACCUUCUCUUAAACCGGUUCAACUGGGGGCUGGGAAGGACUGAGACCUAGGCUCAGUUACCACCAGUUGGUAUAGAUAUAAAGAUAUAUAUAUAUGUAGGAAAGUCUUUGGGGGAGAG